AUGACCUUACAUGACGAAGACGCAAUCUUUUUGAAAGCGGUAUCCUGAACUAUUUGCCUCCAACAUUUGUUCAGGCGUCGAAUCUCUCAUUUCAUCGGUGGUAACUUGGCUUUUUGUUCGGUAAAGCCUAUUUCGCGCCAUUUGACGUCACGGAAAGAAAUAAAUUAGAAAUGAAAGGGGAGAUGAACUCAUAGGGACAUGCGACGAAAGCGGAAAUCCCGUGCAAAGAGGUACAAAUGCAGUGGAAAUCAAUUUAGGCAGUAAUUGAGUUUCUUUUUUAGCAGUUGAGAUUAAAGAGAAAACACCCCGAAGACCUUUCUUGAUUUUUUUCAGAGAUUCGAUGCGACUCUUGAGGAGUGCGAUUUCCUGGCAAGGUGGCCGUCUCGCGGUGGACCAAAACUCAAGCUGAACUUACAAAAGUUCUGGCAAUUGGUGAGUUGGCGUCAAUUUACCCGUGAAAUAUCUGCGGAAACUUAUAUCCAUCGAAAAAUUGCACUUUGGCGCUGACGUAGGAGUUCAUUUUUCGCCUGAUUAAGCUCCAGAUUUUUUGUGUCCUGUUGGUUUUUAGCAUUUCCAAUGUUUUUUAGUUGGUGAGUUACGCAGUAUAUCACCUGUUCCUCGUUCUUUAUUUAUGUUUUUCAUUUGUUACGCACAUGGAAAACUUCUAGUUGACUGAAAGGUUACAACUUUCAUCACGAAAUUUAUAAGCGCACUCAAAAAUAUUUUGAAAAAUUGAGAGAAUUGAAAGAAAUGCUUAGAAAAACAUUUUUUUUUCUCCUUUUCUCACAUAAUUUUUGAUGGGCAGGCUAAGUUGAAAAUCACUAAAUUGGUUAUGAGAUACGGUAGUUUGAAGAAAAAAUCGAGAAUUUGGAUAAUCUUAAUUGUUUUUAAAGAAAAAUAAAAGUUGCUCAAAGAGAAAAGUGAUCUCAUGGGGAGGUCAUUUUAAUUCUCGAUUGGGAAUUUGCAGAAAAUUGACCAGAACACUUUCGAACGUACCAGAAGAAGAUCCCGCUAGUCUCAACUUGCGAAAGUUUUUAUUUUUCAAAGAAAGGAUCUUUUUCGAAAGUCUAAAAAAAAAUCCUGAAAGAUUUUCAGAGAGGUCCGAACGGCAAAUAAAUAUGAACCUGCUUUCUUCCACAUGAUUUUUCCCGAUUUCUCGGAUAAAUGGAAGUUUUUCAGGCCUCCAAGGCUACAGGCGACGUCACAGAAGAUGACGUCAAUGGUCUGCAAGUACUUCUGGUGAUAGAGGCGAAAAGAGUCUACGACGAAGGCCUCGCCGGCCUCUAUUGCGACUGGUUCACGCUGGACGAUCCUUCCCAGCUCAUGCGGCUCUUCGUCAACAAUCAGCCGGUUCCGCAUCAUGUGAGCAUUUUGUCAGGACCGUAUCAGAGCCUGAAAGUAGAUUUUUUCAAAGAUCCCCGAAAUUAGAAUUUUCGCAAAAUAAAAGCUAAUAAUGUCCGUUUCUGAUCACUAGACAGGGCCUCGUCGCAUAAAUGCCGUGCUAACUCGUAGGGGCCGCAAAACAAUUAUGUUAUUGAGAAAUAAAAACUCAACAGUGAAUAUAUUUUUUUUUGCGAAUAUUUUUUUUUAAUUUGCAUCAGCCUUAGCUUAGAUUAAAUUGAGAAAAAAGGUGAUUUAUAAUUCGCAGCUUGUGUUGAGAAUAUUUAUGUAAAAAGUACUCAUUUUUCACAUAUUUUAACGAUCAAAUCAUUUUGAAAGAAUAAUAUCUGCGAGUUCUUGAUCGAAAAUAAAGUGAAGAUUUUAGCAAAGCAGGGCUUAUCUCAAAUGAAUCAUCUAAAUAAUUAGUGCAAAGCGACUUCACGUCAACCUCAAAAAUGUUAGUUUAUCUGGAGAUUCUCCUCAAAAUUUCGUGAUUGGUUGGUGUAGUGAAUUGCGGGGAACGGCUGGAUUAAGCCAUAAAUUCCUCCCGGGCGGCAUUUUAGUCGGAUUGGUUUUUAGCCAAAAGACUUUCGACACCUUUUAACGCUCUCUGAUCCAAUAAUUCAACAAACCAAUUGGAAUUUUCAAGCAAAGAAGAAUUUUAGUUGACGGAGCUCGUUAAGGAAUCACAACGUCUGUGAGAGAAAGUUUUUCAGCUGAAUAAAUUCUGUCGGAUCCUUAGUUUGUGAAACGAACUUGCUCGCUCUAUGAAAAGAGAACUCAAGGGAUUUUCUCACAUAAGAAUGUUUUUAGUUUUUCUCCUCUCAUCUAUAUUAAAUUUGAAAAACUUGAUGUUUCACUAUUCAGUUUAGCGUGAAUAAUCGCUUCAACUUCCCGUGUUGAAUUUUUGAGCUCUUCUGAUGGUUUUAUUCUUUCUUUUUUUGACUGUUUUCUUUUUCUUCUAUUUUUAUUUCUUGCUAAUCAGUGCAUUCAUAGCCUAUUGAGAAAUGAAAAGAAAAAAGUUAUGCUGACGCACAUUGAGGCCUUUUUGUCAAAUCCAGCGGAACAAGGGUGAUUUUGAUUGGUUUUAUGAGUUUCGUAUAAAAUACAUUUCCUAUGUCAAAGGAUUCCCAUAUCAUUUUCUGGAUUAAAUUAAAAGAAAUUCAGGAUCGAUGGAAACAAUAUUAAAAGAAAUCAAAUCCGAAAAAAAAUUAUAAACUAUUGGAUUUUUUAAUGGAUGGUGAAAAAAACUCCUUGGUGAUUUAGGGAAAAAAUCAUUGUGAAAAAAAAAAAUCAUGAAAAUAUUGUUCUGAAGAUAAAUGAUGGUAUCACGAACUUUCAGUUGCUGUGGAACUUGGUUUGUCGCGUGUGCGCCGUGAGCGUGGAGCUGUACGACGUGCAGCAGAUGUCGGCCAAGGCGACCGUGGCGCGAUUCGCCUCGGCGUCGCCGAGCACGUCGACGUCGCUCACCUGGCUCCAGUACAACAACCUGCCCAUGCCCCUUUUCUACGUUCCUGAUGACCAAUAG